AUGACACAUGCUAAAGCUGUUGUUUGUAACACUACUACCGUUGGUGCUAUUUGUAACACUAUUACUGCUGCUUGUAACACUACUACUAUUGGUGCUAUUUGUAACACUAUUACUGCUGCUGCUGCUUGUAACACUACUACUGUUGGUGCUGUUUGUAAUAUUACUACUGUUGGUGCUGUUUGUAACACUACUAAUGUUGGUGCUAUUUGUAACAUUACUGCUGCUGCUUGUAACACUACUACUGUUGGUGCUAUUUGUAACACUAUUACUGCUGCUUGUAACACUACUACUGUCGGUGCUGUUUGUAACAUUGCUACUGUUGGUGCUAUUUGUAACACUACUACUGUUGGUGCUAUUUGUAACACUACUACUGUUGGUGCUAUUUGUAACACUACUACUAUUGGUGCUGUUUGUAACACUACUACUGUUGGUGCUGUUUGUAAUACUACUACUGUUGGUGCUGUUUGUAACAUUACUACUGUUGGUGCUGUUUGUAACACUACUACUGCUGCUGUUGUUUGUAACAUUACUACUACUGCUGCUGUUUGUAACAUUACUACUGUUGGUGCUGUUUGUAACAUUACUACUAUUGGUUCUGUUUGUAACAUUACUACUGUUGGUGCUGUUUGUAACAUUACUAUUAUUGGUGCUGUUUGUAACACUACUACUAUUGGUUCUGUUUGUAACACUACUACUGUUGGUGCUGUUUGGAACAUUACUACUAUUGGUGCUGUUUGUAACAUUACUAUUGCUACUGCUGCAUCUACCAUUAGUGUUUUUGCUGUCAGUUACUUGCUUUGA